AUGUCGGACCACUCGGACCAAGAAGACUACGAUCCGUCAAGGGACAGUCAGUUCUUCGACUGGGACGCAGCUACUUACACCGUCAGUCCCCAAGUGUGUGCCACCACCGACACAACCAAUCCUGAUGAGGUAGAUACUAUUUAUCUUGUAGACCAUCAGAGCACGUGUGGUUCUCUUUCAAGUGAUACACAACGCAGAAAACAUGAUAAAAGGCCUGACCGACUCACGAGGAUACACCGAACGGCGGACCGAACGAUAUUUCCCUCAUUCGAGAAUUGGUCUUCGCAGCUACCCUAUUCGGAACCAGGAUGGAGGAUGGAUACGUACCCUAGAUUAUCCGACGAGGAGAAACGCAUAUUAGGUUCACGUAUUCUCGUUCCGAAAAAGAACGAUACGUUCUAUGAACUUUAUAAUCUUUGCACUGGACCGAGUCAUCAUCUGCUGCAUCCAAAGGGUAUAACCAGAUCGCACCAGGGGGUGAUCUCGAGGAAAACUGGCGUAGACUGGUUGACUCAGACCUGUACAUCACGAGCGGAUUGUAUGGAAUCGCUCAGAGGACUUCUAAGCGCUGAUGACAUCGAUAAAAUUAGGAAAAUAAGAACGGAGAAGAAUAUUGGUGACACAGAUAAGAAGAGCAGCGGGACCAAGAGAAAAACGAGAAUGACUGAAGAAGAAGAAUUUCAAGAAGCUGUAGCUAAGAUCCACAGAGAUCAUUGA